UCUCUUUCCCUCUCUCUCUCUCACUCUCUGGGUGCCGAAGCGUAACUCUCUCUGUCUCUCUCUCUUUGAGUGUCUGUCUUCUCGUCGAACCAGGAUCGUUGAGAAUUUUCAUGGAGUUUGGUGUUGAUGACGAUAUUAAUGGUGAGAUGGUUGGAAAUUCUGCUGUGGUGGAGGAUCGUAGGGUUGGUGAUGAAAAUGGAACUGGUGGAAGUUCUGUUGAAGGGGCAUUCCCACAGGAUCGGGAUGAGAAAAUGAAUCAAGAUUCUUCUGGAUCGGAUUUAGUUCCUACUGCAAUUCCUUCAGUAUCAAUGGUUGCAUCAGAUGAGCCCUAUCUGGGUCAGGAGUUCGAAUCUGAAGCAGCUGCACAUGCAUUUUAUAAUGCAUAUGCCACACGUGUAGGAUUUGUCAUCCGUGUAAGCAAACUUUCUCGAUCGAGGCGUGACGGAUCUGCUAUUGGUCGGGCACUUGUUUGUAAUAAGGAGGGGUAUAGAAUGCCUGACAAGCGUGAAAAAAUUGUGAGGCAAAGGGCAGAGACAAGGGUCGGUUGCAGGGCAAUGAUUUUGGUGAGGAAAGUAAGUUCUGGUAAAUGGGUUGUUACAAAAAUUGUAAAGGAGCAUUCCCAUCCAUUGACACCUGGAAAAGGUCGAAGGGAUUGCAUUUAUGAUCAAUAUCCGAAUGAACAUGAUAAGAUUCGGGAACUAUCCCAGCAACUGGCCAUAGAGAAAAAGCGAGCUGCAACCUAUAAAAGGCAUCUGGAAAUGAUAUUCGACCACAUUGAGGAGCACAAUGAGAGCCUAUCAAAGAAGAUCCAAUACAUAGUAGACAGUGUAAAGGAGAUAGAGAUGAAAGAGCAGAAACCCCAAAGAUAGUUGAAGCAAAAUUAAGAAUUUCUUUUCGUUUUGAAGGAAACAAACAUGGAGUAAUAGUUGUGGAGGUUGCUGCUGGAUGAAGCACGUGUCGUCUUGAUUUUAAUGUUUGCUUCAAGAAUUAUGUGCUUCCUUCCAGUUUUUAGGUAUCUAAUUAGCUUGUAGCUUGGAAUGUUUGGCUCAAAGGCAUUCAUUGGAUAAAUUGUAUAAAUAUGAUCUUUGCUCGGAACAAAUAAUUGGAAGGAGAAUUUAGGGGAGUCUGUGUACAGGGCGUUGUGAAGGUGUAGCUAACAAUACAAUUGACUCAUUGGGGGCAUCAGGGUGUCCUUACCAAGUUGACUUGUUCCAUUGUGUUUCAUCUAGAAUUUGAUAUGUUGUGUAUAGAAUUCAAAUGAUUGUAAUAUCUUAGUUUGUAUUUCCAUUGGUUUUC